AUGUCUGAUGAAGAAGUUCCUACUGUCCAUGAGGAUGUCUCAAAUAAAGAGAACGAAAAUUUAGCUGACACUUCUAUUGUAAGUGAUAGUGGUUUUGGACUAAGACGUUCUACUCGUACACCCAAACCUAGAGUAUUAAUUGAUAAAGCAACAGAAACUGAAGAAAGGAAUGCUGCAGAAGCCGCUGAAAGGAGAAGGAUUUCUAAUGCUAAAGCUAAACAGAAAGCAAAACUUAAGCAGAAAGCUUUGGAAAAAGAGAAGCAAAUGUUAAUUGUUAAGAAAGAGAAAGAGAAAGAAAGAUUGAAGAAACAAAAACUGAAGCAGAAAGAAAAAGAGAAAGCUAAAAAGGCUAAAGAGAAGGAGAAAGAGAAGAACAAGAAAAAACUACUGCAAUUGAAAGCCAUUAAGAAAAAUCCAACCAUUGCUGGUGGUAAAAUUGAUAAGAAUGUUAAGGUUAAAGAAGCAUCGUUAGAUUAUAUACCACCUGUAAAUACUGAAAAUUGGACCCCAAUGUUGCCGUUAUCGACACUAGAUUUUAAGAAUGCACACAGUGUUAUUUCAAGAUUUAAGAAUCCAAAUUUAAUGGCAGUUCCAUAUGCAGGUGACGUUAUGAAACUAAUGUCUUUUAUCAAUAAGUUCUAUAUUUUUUUUGAUAAUGAAUUGCUAAAUUUGUCAUUUCAGGAUUUUGAAAUUGGUUUGGAUUUAUACCCCGUUACUCCACAAGAUAUUGGCAUGGAAUUUGAUAAUAAAAAACUACUAUAUCAAGAUUAUAUCAGCGUGAAGGAAGUCAUUGCUUGCCAGGAUAAAAUGAAUUUAGUAUUUUUAUCAUUAUUAAGAUUAUUGUUCGAUUCUUCGGAUAGUGAUAGAAGCAGAGAACACAACCCGGUUGCCAGUUUAGCAGAUUUACAAACUUCUAAAAAAGUUUAUGCAAAAUAUAUUGAAAAAUUAAGGGAAACAUCUCUUGACUGGGGUUAUCCACAAGAAUGGAGAAAACAAAUCAAUGAAGGCGAUGAUAUUUCAAAGCCAAAGUCUAAAAUGUUUGAGAAUGAUGACACUAUUCCUGUAGACCCUAAAAAUCCUUUAAUUUUAACAGAAAAUAUAUAUGAAUGGCAGAAGCUUGCUCCAAUCGAUGAGGAAGAUAACCCUCUAUUUGUUCCAGAUAUUGAAAAGAUCGGCAUCCUAGCAUUAUACCCUAAUGACAGAAUCAUUCUGUUCAGAGCUUUAGUUGAUUGGUGUUCUGCCAAUUCUCCAAAAGUACACAAUGAAAUCCAUUUUCUGUCACAUUUCAAAAAAGACCCUACAUUUGGUAUUCAAACUCAACAUGUCCCAAGGUAUUUCUUAGAGGGUUCUAAAACUACUAUGUUGCAAUUCCAAAGACUUUGUGAAAUUAUGGAAAUUAGAAUGGAAGUCCGAAGUAAAAGAAAACAUGUAAAGAAGCAAAUUGCUGAAGGGAAGAAUGAGGAUUUUGCCAAAAAAAUGGAAAUUUUGAAUCAUAUUAAGGCAUCAUAUUCUUCACUAACAGCUGAGGAGAAAAAGAAAAGUAUUAUAGAAAACUAUGACAAUUGGACCAAAUUAUUCAAAGGUGAACUUCAUGAUAAUCCUCUAUCAGAUCCUUAUGAAGAUGAAUUAUAUAAAUUAAGAUCUCAAGAAUUUUUCAUCUCAAGAAUACCACAAGUAGGUGAUUUUUACAUUCCAAGAUUACAUUCAUAUUCUGAUUCACCAGUAAGUGUGUCAACAUAUACCGACUUAAGAAGCCUAGAAAAUUUACUUGAUAAAUUUAACGAUGGUAAAUAUGAUACGCAUUAUUUAUUUGAAAAUUUUGGACAGGCAUUAAGUAGUCAAUUUAAGCUACUUUAUCAUGAUACUCCUACAUUAAUUUCAGAUAUGGGUAAACCUAGGGCUAAAAAAGGUAAAGUUUAUUGGUAUGAAAUGUGUCAAGAUUCAAAUACUCUACUUGAGUUUAUCGAUUUCUUAGAUUAUAAAAUUGCAUCUCCGGUUGAGAAACCUAAAAAGAAAGUGAAAGAAGAAGUUGAAAACAAUACAUCAGAAAAUCUGCAAGCAAUUCCAGAAGCAAAAGAACCUGAACCUGAAAAUGUUGAGACUGAUGUUAAAAAUGAAGAGCCUGAAAACUUGGAUCCUACUAUCAAUAAAAAACCACUUCCUAAGGAAUCAAGAUUCAAUGCUUCCAGAAGAAAAUUGAAACAGUUACAAGAUUACUUGAAAAGGCUCUACCACAUAUUGCAUGCAUUUGAACAAUUGAAAAAAGAAUAUGCAGGCAUGAAAUCCGGUAAAAGAACUUUGAGAAGAAUUCAAAGACGUAUAACAUAUAAUGACAGUGAUUUUGAUGAAGAUGAUGAGAGAGAUAACGAUGAGGAUAACGAUGAGGAUGAAUAUCCAAGAGCAAAUAAAAAAUACCGUAGAGAAUAG